CGCUCUGGGAGGGCUGCUUCCGGAUUCGUUGGCGAGCUCCGAGGCAGAGGAUUGAGGAGCCGCUGGGCUGGUGGGCGUCUGGGCUGCGGCCCGCGCUGGGCCCGCGAUGCUUGGGGGCCACUCGGAAGGACGGGAUCGCGAGGCUGAGGGCGACGGGGCGGGGGCUUUGCCUGCCCCGCCUGCAAUCGACUUCCCGAAGGAGGGCUCGGAGCCCAAGUAUGAUGAGUCUGAUGUUCCAGCCGAGCUCCAGGUGCUGAAGGGACCCCAGCAGCAGCCGACCUUCCCUUUUGCGGUUGCCAACCAGCUCUUGCUUGUGUCUCUGCUGGAGCACUUGAGCCACGUGCACGAACCAAACCCGCACCGUUCAAGACAGGUGUUUCAAUUACUCUGUCAGACCUUCAUCAAAAUGGGGCUGCUGUCCUCUUUCACCUGCAGCGAUGAGUUCAGCUCGCUGAGACUCCAUCACAACAGGGCCAUCACUCAUUUAAUGAGAUCCGCUAGGGAGAGGGUCCGGCAGGAUCCCUGUGAUGAUAAUUCUCAUAUCCACAAGAUCAGAUCAAGGGAAGUAGCCUUUGAAGCACAAACUUCACGGUACUUGAAUGAAUUCGAAGAGCUUGCCAUCUUGGGGAAAGGUGGCUAUGGAAGAGUGUACAAGGUCAGGAAUAAAUUAGAUGGACAGUAUUAUGCAAUUAAAAAAAUCCUGAUUAAGUGUGCAACUAAGACAGAUUGCAUGAAGGUGCUACGGGAGGUCAAGGUGCUGGCGGGUCUGCAGCACCCGAACAUUGUGGGCUAUCACACUGCGUGGAUAGAGCAUGUUCACGUGGCCCAAAAGCAAGCAGAUAGAAUUCCUUUACAGUUGCCAUCUCUGAAAGUGAUCUCUACGCGGGAGGAUGACAGAGAUCAAUAUGAUGUUACAAAUGAUGAAAGUAACAGCUCAUCCAUUAUCUUCGCUGAAGGCGACCCAGGAAAAGAAAAAUCCUUAGGAGAAUCUGGCACUGAAAAUCAGAAUAACAAGCUGGCCAACUACACCACCAAUUUGGUCCCAAGGGACACCAGUGAAUUUGAAUCGUCCAUUGAGUUCCGAGAAAAUGGCCUGGCUGAGCUGUCUUCUGGAUCGAUUGUUGGGAACCAGCUGCCGCUUAGGCUCAGUUCAAACUUGGGAGGGAAUUUCACAUCCGCUGAGGAGUCUUCUGAAGAGAACUUAAACUUGAUGGGACAGGCAGAGGCGCAGUACCACCUGAUGCUGCACAUCCAGAUGCAGCUGUGCGAGCUCUCGCUGUGGGACUGGAUAGUGGAGAGGAACACGCGGGGCCGGGAGUGUGUGGACGAGGCUGCGUGUCCUUAUGUUAUGGCCAGUGUUGCAACAAAGAUUUUUCAAGAAUUGGUGGAAGGUGUGUUUUACAUACAUAACAUGGGGAUCGUGCACAGAGACCUAAAGCCCAGAAACGUUUUUCUUCACGGUCCUGAUCAGCAAGUGAAAAUAGGGGACUUCGGUCUGGCCUGCACAGACAUCAUACAGAACACAGAGUGGGCCCACAGGGGUCGGAAGGGAGCACCAGCACACACUUCCAGAGUGGGGACGUGCCUGUACGCGUCCCCCGAGCAGUUGGAAGGAUCCGAGUACGAUGCCAAGGCCGAUAUGUACAGUCUGGGCGUGAUCCUCCUGGAGCUCUUCCAGCCGUUUGGGACAGAAAUGGAGCGAGCACGGGUUCUGACAGGUUUGAGGACUGGUCAGAUACCCGAGUCCCUCAGUAAAAGGUGUCCUGUACAAGCCAAGUACAUCCAGCAGCUGACCAGAAGGAACGCAUCCCAGAGGCCGUCGGCGCUGCAGCUGCUGCAGAGUGAACUUUUCCAGAAUUCUGGAAGUGUUAAUCUCACCCUGCAGAUGAAGAUACUAGAGCAAGAAAAAGAAAUUGAAGAGCUGAAGAAGCAGCUCAGCCUCCUUUCUCAGGACCAAGGGGUUAAGGAUGACAUGAAAGACAGUGAUGUUCCCAUCUAGCUUAAUCGGGCUCUAGAAAUAUGAAGGUGGACUGCAACUGUAUGGGCUCAAGUCCACUGGAAGGUAUAGCUUUCGUCUUUAUUAGCGUGCAGAUGGUGUACCGCCGUACCUAGUUGUAGUCAGUAAGGUGGUAUAAUACCUGACUUUCUAAAGUGAGCUUGCUUCUCCCUGAUGUAGCUCUUGCCUGAUCGAGCUUUUUGAACUUGACUGCUCUAAACUAACCUUAUUGUGCUCUUUCCCCUGUUGUCCCACAACCUCCCAUUCCUGAAUCGCUUAUAUUGUCCAGUCUCGCAGACUAGAAGUUUAGACAUCCUCGAUUCUUUGGAACUCUGCCUACUGACCACCAAGUCCUCCUCUAGAAGCUACUACUGCAGAAACCUGUGUUCUGCGCCCACCACUCACUGUCUGGGCCCAGCCGGUGCUUGAGAGGGACUGGUGGUUUUGACAGUUGACAUUUUUCCUGACCCUGUCACACACGGCCAGUUAACUACCAGAGGGCAACUCUGCUCAUGCCCUGGCUCAGAAGCCUCUGCUGCCUCCAAGACAGAAGUUCAGCUUCUAAGCUGUGUAUGUCGUCCAGCCUGUUUCUGUUCUCACCACCUUUACCUUGGCGGCAUUAUGCCCUUUCCAAGCUGUGCUUCUUGCCCCCGAGUGAUCGCGAAGCUGCUGCGGUGCCAGGGUUCCUGCCUUCGCCCCUGUCCUGGCCCCGCAGCGUUCUCACAGCGGCCGACUCCUGCGUUCCUCAGAGGUGCCAUGUGUGUUGGUUUCUGUACCCAAAGGGCGCCUGCCACGUCGCUGGCAGUGGUGUACUGCACAAGAUACUGCUCGUUUUAAAAUAAAACGAAAACCACAAGUUA